UUAACACACUACUAAUUUUAUUUGAGUCAACGAAAAUAAUGUCUUUUCUCAUUGACGAUAUCCUUAAACAGGAUUUUGGCAAAAAAAGUGAAGAUGAAUCUUCGAUAUGUUCUUCGAGCAAUAAAAGCACUUUAUGUCAGAAUUUUGUAAGAAGUUGUUCUGUUUAUAGCCCCGAUCGCGGCUUCGAAGAGUCUUCAUUUAAAUCAUGCACGACUGCUUACAAUCGGCAGCGUUCUUAUUCAACUCCUGUAUAUGUAAAUCCCUACACCAAUUACUAUGAAGAAAGGUAUUGGGCUUCUUACGCAGCGCUAUCUAUGUCGUAUCAACAGUACAAAAGAAAAGGUGGACAAAUUCGAUUCACAACCAGCCAAACUGAUGUUUUGGAAAAAACAUUUUUAACACACAAAUAUUUAACACCAGAACAAAGAAAGAUACUGGCAGAAAAUCUCAAACUAUCAGAUAGACAGGUAAAAACUUGGUUUCAAAAUAGAAGGGCCAAAUGGAGGAGAAGUACCGGUUCCACAAGUACUGAUAUUCAAAUGGAUAAAGAUGAAGAAUCACAUGAGGAUGUUUUUGUGGACUGAAUAAAAAAAUCUUGUGAUUAUUGUAAAUAUGUUUUUAUUAUAUGUUUAAGUGUUGUUUAACAUAAUAUUUGUGUUAUAGUAAUUAAAUUGACC